AUGAAUAACACCUUGGAUUUAGCAACGUUAGGUAAAACCAAUGUUCUUUCAAUAUUGGAUAGCAGUUACAGAAGAGAUAUAGAGCUACACAAUGAGAAAGUUUCCAACAAUCGAUACAUUUUGAAUGUAAUUAUUAAUUGCAUUCGAUUUUGUGGCGCUUUCGAAUUAGCAUUGAGAGGGCAUGAUAAAAAAGAUACAUCUUUAAAUUCAGGAAUUUUUCGUGGUUUAAUAAGUUUUAGUGCGGAAUUGGAUAGUGCAUUAAAAGUGCACUUAGAAAAAGCAACCUUUUUUAAAGUUAAUGGUAAAGUUGUUGAAAGAUUUUGGGGAUUUUUGAAGCCUAAAGAACAUAAUUCUGAAGUAUUAGCUGAGUGCAUUAAAGAACAACUUGCCCAACAUAUUGGUGAUGUCACUGGUAAAUUGAUUGCACAGACAUAUGAUGGCGCUUCAGUUAUGAGCGGCAAUAUUAACGGAGUUCAGACAAAAACUAAACAACAUUAUCCAAAUGCUAAUUAUGUACAUUGUUACGCUCAUCAGCUUAAUUUAGUUAUGGCUAAUGCUGCUUCAAUAAAUAGGAAUAUUCGGAUUUUUUUUGCUAGCCUUGGAGGUUUCUAUAAAUUUUUUUCAACGUCUUCUCAAAGAACUGCUGUUUUGGACGAAGUUCUUCAAAGACGUUUACCUAAAGCAGCUCAUACAAGAUGGAAUUUCCAUUCUAAAACAGUAAAUACUGUAUUCGAGUAUAGGGAAGAAUUGAUUACUUGCAUGGAAAAAAUAAUAAGUGAUGAAUCCAUUAAACAUAUACCUACUAUUGAAUAG